AAACCGCUGCGUUUCCCGAAAGGGCAUGUCUACCGGCAGCAAUCCGGCGAUGGCGACGGCUGCGGCAGGAGAACCUUCUGGUGGAGUGGUAAAGUUCGUGACGACGGAGGCUGCCGCUAGACGCAAUGCCGACCCCGGGUCGGUGGCGUUUGUGACCGGGGCCAACAGGGGAAUAGGGCUGGAGGUGACAAGGCAGCUGCUGGAAAGGGCCAAGGGUACCGUGGUUGCGGCAUGCAGAGACCCCUCUUCCGCGGCAGACCUGCACGCCCUCGGCAGGAUAGCUGGAAACGAAAACAGGCUAGACGUGGUCAAGAUGGAUGUCGAAGACCAGACCUCCCUGGAGACCGCCGCAGAGCAUGUUAGGAGCACAUACGGGGUGGACCUUUUGUUCAACGUUGCGGGCGUGCUAGGGGACGGCAAGGACACUCCAGGUCCGGAGCGAUCCGUGCGCGUGAUGGACCGCGAUUGGCUGCGACAUACCCUGGAGGUCAACACCAUAGGCCCCAUGAUGCUGGUGUCAGCGUUGACGCCUCUCUUGGAAAGCCCGGCGAAGAAGGGGGACGCCGGCGCAAGACCUCCGUCUGUCGUGGUCAAUUUCAGCGCUCGGGUCGGAUCGAUUGGUGACAACGGGUUGGGAGGCUGGCACAGCUAUCGCAUGUCGAAGGCUGCGUUGAACAUGGCAACCAAGGGCAUCUCCAUCGAGCUCAGGCGCCGCCGGGUGUGGGCCUUUAGCUACCAUCCUGGGACAACCGACACUGGACUGUCGGAGCCGUUCCAGGCGAAUGUCAAGCCUGAGAAGCUAUUCACACCCGACUACACCGUGUCUCAAGUGCUGGGAAUCGUGGAUUCCAUGACCGAGGACUUGUCCGGGGGGUUCUACGCGUUUGACGGCAGCAGCAUCGUGUGGUAGAUUUGCCUUCACAAGCAGGG